CAUCGGCUUCCCUAGAUGUGUCGGACUGUUGGCUAAGCUAGCUAAUGUUUGGAUGUUAGCUACCUUUUAAAGUUGGCCAAAGGAGCCAAAUAAAGACCCAACACAGCAACAAUAAGGCGACGUAAGCUCGGUAUGGUUUAUUUUACUAAGGUUGUGUUAUCAUUGUCUGAUUGGCUCAGCAUUGACAAUGUUGGCGAACAUUAUAUUGCUAGCUAACCAUAAGUGUGGUGUUAGCAUGUGAACAUACCGUGAAAGCUAACAUUAGCUCGAUGCUUCACGUUAGUAAAUGUUUUUACAGGUUUUUCGUUUGAGGCCCAGAUCCUCUUACAUCAGUGCAGCUAAUAUAUCUGAAAAAUGAAUUACAACCUACAUCUGUCUCGUUGGUAUCAGUUUAUUUGGUGUAGUGUUGUGGUAAGGUUAGCUUGAUGAACUAUUAUCCUUCAGAUGACUAAUUUUUGUUUGUGAAGUUAGCUUGAUGUAAUUCAGGCUAUCCACUUAGGUGGUCUUGUAUGAUAUUGUAUUGCAUAUCAUAUCGUUAGGAAUAACAUUACAUUCUCAGCUUUGCAAAUAUUGACAUUUUGACUGUCAUUCAUUAUAGAGAGUAAUAGGAAAGAUGUAGUGGCCAAAUCGUGUUUAUGUUUAGGUCUAACUUUUGUUAAAUGUUUACUAUUUUAUAUUAUUAAUCAUUUAGUGUAGACAAUUAUAGAUUUAAAAUAUUCCUAUUGUUACUUAGUGGUCAGAUGGCAAACAUUUAUUUAAGUAACUAUCUCCUUUUUUUUUUUUUAAAUCACUCGUACUGUGUGUGUGAUAACCUUGUUAAACUCAGUGUUCAACAUAGUUUAUGAGAGAUGAGUCAUUUCUUGAAGGUCGUUUUUUGAUGAGGUCAAAGGUCUUGUGAGCUAAUAGGUGUAAACACACACAAAGUGAUUAUCUUCAAAUAACCCAGGGCAGAGUUGUGAACCAAUGUGAAUGAGUGUUAAGAAAGCUCUUAUAUGAAUGCCUCAUUUUGCCUUGACCUAUACAUUGACUAUACUGUUUGUGACCCAAGGGAACAUGUAUGCCUCUUAAUCAGUUUGUGUCUUCACAGGUUGGACAAUAUGGUUGUGAAUCUCUGUCUGCCACACUUUUAUGCAACAGUUCAUUGCAACAAGCUCUGUGCAGAUGGCUAUGAUGUCACAAACCUUGUGUCAGCCGACCCUGCUCUCCGGAGGCAGGGCUUCAAGCUGGAGUACUUCCUACGACCACCUGUACAGGUGACGCUGAAGUUUGGUUUCAAAGUGGAGCUGUCCAGGGUGGAUGUGGAGCUUUGGCCCUGGGGUAUGGACAAAGGACAAGCCUGCAAGAGACUGGAGAUCAGCACCAGCUCUGAUUCCACACCCACACAGAAUUUGGACCAAGGCAACAAACGGGUUCAGCAGAAACAUAUGCCGGUAAAGGACCAGAAACAGUGCAGAGAUAAACAGCAGGGGCAUGGCAGUGCAUCUCGUCAGAGUAAUGGACACCAGUGGAGACAUCAGGCCCAGCAGUGGUGUGGAGAGGCUCCAGAUGAGCCUCAACAAAGAAGCUAUGCGUUCAAGUCAAACACUGAAUCCAGUAAUCCUGAACUAGAGUUUAAGCUGAUAGGCCGCUGCGAACUCAGGGAGGAAACCCAAGUCUGUUUUACACGUUCAAAUGUCAGGCCCCGGCCCCCGUUCCUCUCCUCACUCCCCCCACAACCUGCGAACAGUCACCAAGAGGAUCUGUGGAGUCGGGGUCUGCUCUCAUUGGGCGCUGUGACACAACUCCGCGUGACUUUGCCAUUUGGCGGUUCAGCAUCUGCUCUGGGGCUCAAGACUUUGGCUGUGUGGGGGCAACCUGCUCGCUGCUGUCCUGCAGAAGAAGUGGCGAGAAUUAAAAAAGUCCAUGAGGACAGCCAAAGACAGCUGCCAAGACCUUCGUUCUUUACCCCUUCUGCCAGCCAGAUGAAACCACUACUGCAAGCAGAUACACCUCCAAGCCAUCUUUCCAUCCCAGAAGAGUUCCAUGACCGGAUAACCCAGGAGGUCAUGAUGCUGCCCAUGCUGCUGCCCAGUGGCGUGUCUGUGGACCACAGCACGCUGGAGGAGCACCAGAAGAGGGAAGCCACCUGGGGUCGACCCCCAAACGACCCCUUCACUGGCGUCCCGUUCACUUCCACCUCCCAGCCUCUUCCUAACCCCCAACUGAAAAGCCGCAUUGACCACUUCCUCCUGCAAAACAGUAUGAUAAGGAGGGAGGGGAUGUUGGGGAGACAAGGGGAGGGAGAGCAUCCACAGGCCUCGAGACUUUUAGACUCCAAGGUAGAAGGACAGUCCCAGGACUCUCAAAGUCUCAGUGACAGCUUGACAAACAACACUGCUUUUCACGAUAAUGCUUGCACCAGCAACACAAACAGGACUACUCAAGUAGAAGACACUGGAUUAAGUCGUUCAUCAGAUAAUGGGAAUCACAAAUUUGACACCCAGCCUCUUAACACGGAGAGGAAAUCGGAAAGAAGUAGCAAACGAAAUCUAGGUGGAGUUUCCGAAGAAUCCACAGAAGGUUUGCCAGCCGACAGGCAACUACUACAGCAGACAAAAAGACCAAGACAUGAUGUCGCUUCUGUUUCCAGCUCUCAUGAGCAGCGUUUGUCAGCCAGCCUGGAUGAGGCCCUCUUCUCCGCCCUGCAGGGCAGACCCUCCUUCACCUCAAACCUGACUCAGCAGAAACGGGUUACACCUGAUUCUGAACCAGUGAACACAUCACAGCAGUGUCAGGCUGCCGGCCCCUCGAGCAUCCCACAAGGUGAGAAGACGUGCUCUGCGUGUUCCUGUUCGGUCUCUGGCUACUCCAAAUCUACAUCCUCCAUCUACCGUCUUACCUGCGGCCACUUGCUCUGCCACUCCUGCCUGCGGAGGGAACCACAACCGCCAAGCUCUGUCACCAUAUCACCUGCCAAUCACAUCUUGUGUUCAGCCUGCCAAAGCACUACCCCGCGCAGUGAGGUCAUACGCGUUCAUCACUAACAUAUGAUGUGUAAAGGCAAAUCAACACAAUGAAGAGGAUGUUCUGAAGGUGAAACCAGCAUUAUACCUGAGAUUAAGUGUUUAAUGUUUCAGACAUGUUAAACGUAAGGUGGAAAAAACAGCAUUCACAGCUGAGAGCUACAGAUCCUGGAUAUUUCACUUUUUUGACGCCACCUUCAUCCCCCUCUUUGAUAUACAGCAUAUUUUCUCAGAUGUGUGUAACUGUCAUUUUGAUACUAAUCUCAUUUUUUGUAUACAUACGUAAUAUUUCUACAUUAUGAUUUUGAUUCACGCCUGAGUUUUUCAAAUCUGUUUAUAAUAUUCUUUUGACAUUUCUUGAACCCGCCACGUCACAAAUUCAACUUUGUAUUUAUGUCCACAGCUUAGAAAGAACAUCACUGAAAGCAAUGACCUUUACAAAAAUCUGCAGCAAAAGAAUGCUUAAAGAAACUUGUUCUCCUCUCUCAUCCGCCCCCCCGUCGUUGCAGCCUUGGUUCUGCAGACCUUGUACAAAACCUGGACGUGUAGAUGUGUUGAGAAUGCAAAAAGAAAAGGUUCUGGGACACAAGUAUUUCGAACAAGAGGCCAGAAGAAUGAACGUGAAUUCAUAUCUACCCAAGGCCGUUUGGCCAUUAUGAAGAAUCACACAUGUCAUGCUCAUCUUUCCCCUCUUUCCUUCACUCUAUUCACCAUUUUACAUUCCCUUAACUCUGGUAUAUUGUUCUUGUCUUAACAGAAAUAAAGGCAGAAAAUGUAAAUGA